AUGAAGGCACUGUGCGUUUCCUUCUGCCUCCUGGGUGCCGGGCUCUUCCUGUGUUCAGCGCACGCCCGAGGCCUCAGGAGAUGCCUGAUUUCCACGAACUUGCACCGUAUGGAGGAGAGCUUCCGAGGAAUCAAAACAGCCAUUCAAGCUAAGGACACCUUCCAAAACGUCACCAUCCUGUCCCCAUCGGAGACCCUGCAUGGCAUUAAGCCCUUAGAUGUAUGCUGCGUGACCAAGAACCUCCUGGCAUUUUAUGUGGACAGGGUGUUCAAGGACCAUCAGGAGCUGAACCCCCAAAUCAUGAGAAAAAUCAGCAGCCUUGCCAACUCUUUCCUCUACAUGCAGAAGACUCUACAACAAUGUGGUGGUGACAAGACAGAUUUGGCCCCUGCUCUCCAGGCCUUUCCAGCCCUGGUGACAUGCAAGAAGCUGUGUCACUGCAGACAGGAAGCAACCAAUGCAACCAGAAUCAUCCAUGACAACUAUGAUCAGUUGGAGGUCCGGGCUGCUGCCGUUAAGUCUCUGGGAGAGCUGGACGUCUUUCUAGCCUGGAUUGACAAGCAUCAUCAAGGAACUUCGGCUGCCUCAAGACAAGGAACCUAA